AUGCGUGUUGUGGGUGUAACUUUCGUUCCAUUCGGUAAUUUCUCUGUCUUCGGGCCUUUUCGAUCGAACUUCGCGAUCCGCAUCUCCACACCUUCAACCCUUUCAAGAGGAGAUGCUGGGAGGAUGCAGAAACCGCCACGGUCGCUUCCUCGAUCCUGGACGUCGACCCUCAAGCUUCCCAAGUCGACGUUCCCUCCGCGAGUGGCGCCGGCCGACCUGAAAAAAUACCUAAAGCGAUGCACCGAUGAGCUCUACGCCUGGCAGCGUCGCGAACGACCCGCCGAGAAACCCUUUGUCCUCCAUGAUGGCCCGCCCUACGCGAACGGCGAAUUGCAUAUCGGACAUGCCCUUAACAAAAUCUUAAAAGACAUUAUCAAUCGGGUACAAUUGGGUCGGGGUAAACAGGUGCGCUAUGUGCCUGGGUGGGAUUGUCAUGGCUUGCCAAUCGAGCUCAAGGCGCUCCAAGGCCUGCGGGAGCUUGGAGUUGCGCACGACUCGGUCAGCCCGGCAGUGAUCCGCAAGUCGGCUCGGCAGCUCGCCAGACAGACAGUGAAGGAGCAGAUGAAAGGCUUCCGCGGCUUCGGGGUCAUGGCGGAUUGGGAUAACCAUUGGAAAACGAUGGACCGAGAGUUUGAGAACCGGCAACUGGGAAUCUUCCGUGAGAUGGUCGAUCAUGGUCUCAUCUACCGCAAGUUCAAACCAGUCUAUUGGUCGCCGUCAACCGGCACUGCACUUGCAGAGGCGGAGCUGGAAUACAAGGACGACCACAUUUCCACUGCGGCUUUGGUCAAAUUUCCUCUCGUCAAGAUUCCAUCACAUCUGACUGAAGACCCCCUUCUCAACUCAAAUGGCGUGAGCGCGGUAAUCUGGACCACGACGCCUUGGACACUCCCGGCCAAUGCUGCCAUUGCGGUCAGUGAAUCAUUGGAGUAUGCCAUUGUCCAGUCCGAGCAACAUGGUUAUCUACUGGUGGCGCAAUCUCGAUUUGAAUACCUCGAAAGCGUGUUGAAAGAGGACCUUUCAAUCAUCGUUCCAUCGAUUCUUGGGUCCGAGCUUGCUGAGAAGACCACCUAUCGUCCUCUUUUCAAGGGCGCCGAGGCUGAGUCGCAGCCCAUUAUUUCAGCCGACUUUGUUACAGCGGACUCGGGAUCUGGUUUGGUUCACUGUGCACCCGGUCAUGGUAUGGAUGACUACGAGGCUUGUUUGUCUCGUGGCAUUCCGGUUUUUGCACCUGUUGACGACGAGGGCCGAUUUACUGCGAAAGCAAUGCCCCUCGACCCUACACGUCUUGCUGGAAAGCCUGUUCUGGGCGAAGGCAACAUUGCGGUCUUGGACUACAUCAAAUCUCGCGGCCAUUUACUUGCCCAGCACCAAUAUGAGCACAAGUAUCCUUACGAUUGGCGUUCUAAGCUUCCCAUAAUCAUUCGAGCCACUGAGCAGUGGUUUGCAGAUGUUGCUGAUAUUCGCAGCCACGCUCUCAAGGCUUUGGAAGAUGUUCAAUUUGUCCCGGAAACUGGAAAACACCGAUUAGAAAACUUUGUGAAGAACCGCAGUGAAUGGUGUAUUUCCCGCCAGCGCGCUUGGGGUGUCCCUAUUCCUGCGAUUUAUCACCGGACCACUGGAGAAGCUGUUCUGACCAAGGACAGUGUGUCACAUAUCAUGGACACUAUCAAAGAGCGUGGUAUUGAUGCCUGGUGGACUGAUAGUGUUGAUGACCUGGCCUGGGUUCCCCCAUCUCUUCGAGAUGACCCUGUGGGCUAUCGCCGUGGCACUGACACGAUGGAUGUUUGGUUCGACAGCGGCACCAGCUGGGCCGAGAUUGACGUCCCUCUCGGCGGACGCAAUCAUCCCGCGGAUGUAUAUCUAGAAGGGACUGACCAGCAUCGGGGUUGGUUUCAAUCCGGGCUCCUGACCUAUAUUGCCCAUCAGCUUUCCUCAGGGUCCAACGAGACACCUCGUGCACCCUUCCGGAAUCUUAUCACUCAUGGAUUUACACUGGACGAAGAUGGACGUAAAAUGAGCAAGUCUAUUGGCAACACCAUUCCCCCGCAGACCAUCAUGGACGGCACCCUACUGCCCCCGCUGAAACCGCGGAAGGGCAAGGGAAAGAAACAGGCGGAGAACUCGGAGCCCACUUACGAUGCCCUGGGACCCGAUGCCCUCCGGUUGUGGGCGGCCAGCAGCGACUACACCCGGGACGUGGUUAUUGGCAAGCAAGUCCUUCAAACCGUUCACACCAGCCUGCAUAAGUUCCGGGUUACCUUCAAACUUCUCCUCGGUGCCUUGGCUGAUUUCCACCCCGAAUGCAUUGUGCCGUACGCGCAGCUGCAGCAGGUCGAUCGAAUUGCCCUGAAGCACCUCUCCGAUAUGGUGCUCUCCUCACGGAAGGCCUGCGAUCACUUUGAGUUCUACAAGGCUGUCAACACUAUGAAUCGAUGGGCCAAUUUGGAGUUCUCCGCGUUUUAUAUGGAGGCCAUCAAGGACCGGCUUUACACACUGGGCGAGAAUAGUACCAGCCGACGGGCCGCCCAGACCACCUUGUUCCACAUCUAUCAUCACCUCCAGGAAGUGCUCGGACCGAUUACUCCCCUCUUGGUGGAGGAAACGUGGGAGCAUACCCCGGCGCCCAUUCGAUCGCAGAGUGAGCACCCCUUGCAGCGUAUCACAUCCACUCCUGCUCCGGAAUGGCAGGAUCCCGCCUUGGACACGAGCUACCAAGAGGUGGUAGCUGUCCAUUCGGUCAUCAAGAACCUGCAGGAGCAGGCUCGUGGGAAGAAGCAACUUGGCUCGUCCCUGCAAUCAUUUGUGCAUCUGGUUUUGCCUGACCGCACCACCCAGACGGUCUUUCACCAGUACCUAUCCGAGCUGCCCGACCUGUUCGUAGUAUCGUCUGUCACUCUAGCUGACCCCACCGUCCCGGUUCCGGCGGAGAUCGCCGAAGCUACCUGGCAGUAUGAGGAUGAGUGUGAAUUGCCAGAUGGCUCCAAGGGCCGCGUGUAUAUUUACUCCCCACAUGCCUCUAAAUGUGCUCGAUGCUGGCGAUACGCGGUCCCCACACCCGAGGCGACCGAGGAGAUCUGCGAACGGUGUGAUUCCGUAGUGCGCGAGCUGGAUUCCACGGUGAACUCUUCAUAG